GUCGGAAUACUCUGGCACCCGUAAAUCUUCGCAGUUUUAAACCCAGAAAGGACGAGGACAGCGCAGAAAGCCGACAUGAACGACUGUGAUGAUUUGAAGUGAAGAGAAGCUCAAUCUCGUAUGGCUGACAAAGACGACAUGAAGAAUAAAGAUCAGGAACAUGAAGAUCAGGAACUGCCUCCUGACAUUAAAGACUGGAGUAAACAUCAAGUGAAGCAAUGGAUUCUCCAGCUGGACGGUGUGGAAGACACAGUUGCCGAUUCAUUGUUUCAGCAAGACGUUAAUGGGCAAGUCCUUUAUGUUUUGGAUAAAACAGAUUUAAAAGACUUGGGUUUAACCUUUGGCCCAACAAAGCUUAUCAUUCAUGCUAGAGAUGAGCUACUAAAAUCAAACGAGCAGUCAGAAAGCUCUGCCAACCAGCCUGGAAGACCAUGUAAGCCCUAUCCAUUUAAUAGGUAUCAUGACACAUACAGAUAUAUAGAAAGCAAUGUUCUUGAUAUUACAGAAUCAGGUGCCACAGACUUCAUUGAGCCCUGCCAUGAGUACAAAGCUUUCAUCAAUACCACAGAAGAAACUCAAAUGAGCAAGUUCACUUCUGAGGUCAUUCGCUUUGCAGCUGCUUGCAUGAACAGCCGCACCAAUGGCACCAUACACUUUGGAAUUGGGGAUAUGCCAAAUUUCACUCAUGGACAAGUGUUGGGAGUGGUUGUUAAGGACAAAGAGGCUUUUACAAAGAAACUAAAAUCUGCCAUUAAGGAUCAGUUUGAAUAUAAACAUGAAAAUGCUGCUCAAACCUGUAUCAAGCCUCCCAGAUUUGUUGAGGUUCUCAGUAAGGACAAGACAUCAUCUGAAAAGUAUGUGAUAGAAGUUGACAUAGUUCCUAACUCAAUUAUAUGUGAACAAAACUACUACGUCACUUUUAGUGAUCACAAAAAAGCAAAGAAAAAGGCCACAGAUGUAGACACAAACAAAAGUGACACACAACCAUCAGAAAAAUUCUUUGUAAGAGAUGGAGGCAGCAGCAGAAAUCUUCUGGUACAAACCACAUCUGCCAAACCAAAGAGUUUUCAGGAGUUUGACAAGUUUAAGAAGAACAUACCGCAACUAUCGGAGUACAGAAAAGAAGCAGAAGAGAGUAGAGUUGACAAGAUUAAAUGUAGUUAUCAAGGCUCCAGACUAAGUCAGAUGAUAACUGGUGGAUCAGGUUCUUUAGAUAAGUCUCACUUUGAACGGUAUGUGAUCGUAACAAACAAAUCACAUGAAAUCCAUUUGGACUCAAUAGAAUUUCUUGUGGCGCUCAAUCCAACAGCUGUGUUAGACUUUGAUCCAGAAUCAACUGAAAAGGGAUUACAGUUCUUUUUUGACAAGCAGUGUACAACAAAUGUGCAUUUACCAUCAGCGUUUAAAAUUAUUGAUGGUGUUGAAGAUACUGUAAUAAAGCUGAAAUUAACCAGAAACACAAGUUGGGUGGUCUGCAAUGGAGGUACCAAGGGUGAAGAACCCUCAGACACGGAGAACUGGUUAAUGGAAAAAGGGGCCUCUGUUCGAGAUGUGAUUUCAUUCUUGUGCCGGAAAGAUGUUCUUCCAAACAAACGAUUCCUUGUCAUAUUCUUACUUCUGUCAAGAGUGAGUGACAAACUGGACCCCAUUGUUGAGACUUUCAGUACAUUCUGGCAGGAGCUCCAAGGCCAAGAGCAAAUCCUUUGUAUAUGUGAAAAUGAAGAUGUGUUUACCUGCUGGAAGGAUGCACUUGAAUGUCGUUGUGGGAUCGACAUUUCUGGUAGAUGCAUAUAUGAGCUCAGGUUUUCUGAAGUCAAUGGCACCAUUCUAAGUCUUGUGUCCAAAAAUCGUCGGUCCAGGCAUUUCCUAACAUGUGGUGGGGGAAGAAAAGUGAUUCUUGAGAAGAAAGUGGAAAGUAGUCUGAAUACCUUAGAUGUUCUGUGCAUGAACCAGUGUGAAGGAGGAAAUGAGGACAUACGUUCCAUUGAAGAGAACUUCUACAGAGGAGAAACAGCUUCAUGGUGGAACUUCUAUUUCUCAGAGCAGCCUGGGUCCACACCAUUUAUCAAACGGGAUAAGUUUGAUUUUAUCAUCAACACAGCCAUUCCAGAUUUGUGCACCUUGACGAAAGUUUGUGUCUUGUUGAACCUCAUGCAUGUACCCGGAUGUGGUGGGACAACUUUGGCAAUGCACACUUUGUGGACUCUUAAGGACAAAUUCCGUUGCGCUGUCCUCAAAGACAGCAAAGCUGAUAGUGUGGAAGUUGCUGCACAAGUGGUCAAACUUUUAUUGUAUUCCCCGAAAGAGCAGUCACCUCAAGAACAGUUGCCUCAAGUCCCAGUUAUGCUGAUGAUAGAUGAGUUUGAUGACAUGGACAAAGUAUUUGAGUUACAGCGGCUUAUUGAAGAAGAGUACAUGACAAAGAACAUUCCAUCCAAGUCUGCACAGAUAAUUGUGUUGAACUGCAUGAGGUCUGAGUCCUCUGGACAGACUGAGAGACCUGGAGACACUGUAUUCAUUGGAAAUAAUCUCUCAGAGGAGGAGCAAAAACAGUUUGUGCAGAAACUUAAAGAAAUGGAGAAAGAGUACAAGAACACAAACACAUUCUAUGGCUUCAUGAUCAUGAAAGAGAACUUUAAGACAGAGUACAUCGAGGGUGUAGUCCGCAACACCCUAAAGAACUUUGACAUCAGCCAAAGACAUGCAAAACUCUUGGCUAUUUUAGCCUUGUUGAAUGUGUACUGUAAGCAUGCUUCUCUCUCUGUCUCUCUUUGUGAGGAAUUUCUUGGUCUUCAGACAAAACCAUUUUGUGGAACUGUCAGAAUUGAAGAUGGAUUUGGGAAAUUUUCUACUCUGAUUUCCAACAUUGAAGUUGCAGGCAUGGUGGUAUUCAAAGCUGUAAAAAUGUUGCAUCCACAGAUUGCUUUGCAUUGCUUGCUGGAGCUUUCGUCCACGCACAAAGUGAGCAAAGCCCACAUUACCAACUUACUACUGACCAAAAACGAGCUCUAUGACAGUACACAAGGCAAGGACAUGCUCAUGCAAAAUAUUCACUCCAUGUUGGUGAAGAGGCGUUAUUCCCUAGUGGAAGAAUCUCAAUUCUCCCCACUUAUCCAACAUAUUGCAAGUGAUACUCCAGGCGAUGAAGAGUUAGUACUGUCAAAUGCAUCAAAGAGAUUUGAAAAAGAUGCUGUCAUCUCUCAGUUACUAGCCAGGUACUAUUGCCUAAAGAAGAAAAACUUCAUAGAGGCAAAGAAGUGGGCACGGAAAGCAAAAGAGCUUUCCAGAGACAGCUCAUAUAUUGCAGACACAAUGGCACAGGUUUUCAAGCAUGAGUUGAAGUCUGCCAUUGAAAAUGAGAAGGACGUACCUAUUACACCUGAAAAACUAAAGACAUUUCUCAAAAUGGGUCAGUCAGCAAUAGAUGGAUUUAAAGAAACACAGAGUCUUGCAAAGAAGGAGUCAGCAAAGCGAUUAAAAACCAAGACAGACAAUAGCCCUUUCAAUACCUCAGGGUGUGUGGGAGAAAUUCAGGUGGGACUGCUUAUCACUGAAGUGCUGGAGAAGACUCCUGUGUUUUCUAAAGAACAAGUUCGUCACGACAUAAUGGGUGAAGUUCUCUCAGGGAACCUCAAGUUUCAGGAUGUAGAGCAAAAUGAUCAGAGGCGGAACAAACACACACACUACUACAGAAUUCUCAGAGAGUCCGAGGAUUUACUUUACAGCCUCAGAAAUGGGAUGAAGAAAAAUUUUGACUUUCUUGAAAAUUUUUCUGUCAACUUGGGUUCCAGAUUUGGGAUGACAGACAUUCGUGAGCAAAUAGUCCAAAAGGAACUUUUCAAAUGCUUCACACAAUAUGCAAACCGCUUCUGCAAGACAGAGUCAAAAGAACUGUUGAUGAACAAACAUGCACACCCUAUGCUGGUGGUGCACCAGGCCAGACAUUUCUUGGAGAAGCAAAAAGCUGAUACAUUUUCUGGGAUUUUGAAUUGUCUUUCAAAAGACAUCUCAAAUGAAAUAAUGGAGAAAAUUGCCAAGCGGUACAAAGUAAUUUUGGGCCACCCUUGGACCAAUGUGACAGACAUGAUCAACUUCAUCUAUGUCAAUGUUGUGUUGAGUUGUAUCAAACUAGGAUCACAACAACUUCUCCCUUACAAAGAGCUCCUUCAAUACCUUUGCCAUGUUUUGAAUAGGCCCAUUUUACAAAGUGACUCCUUAUCCUUACACUUCAUUGCAGUCUUGUUGUUGUGGCCACAGCAGCAUUUCACAUUUCCGGACUGUAGUAGCCUGGGCGCUUACAUUUCAGCCAUGAGGAAGUCAUAUCAUGCAGAGAUGAUGGAUGUGUACAACGGCAAAUGGCGUGUUCAUUUCUUCCUGGGUAAGAAGCAGGGCUACGAACGGCUGGUACACGCCCGAUACAUUAAAGGGUCUACUAAGGCUGAGCAUGAUGACUUUCUCCUGCAUUGGGAAAAUGGCACAAUAUGGACGAGACAUGAAGUGGUGGAGCUUCUUGAGAGGGUUACUGGUGUAGUAAACGAAAAAUUAAUCACUGGUGGAUACUUCAUUCCAAAUCUGAAGGUUGAAGUUAUCCCACUGUAAAGUCAGCUUAGUGGAUGUCCAAAUAAGUCAAACAGUGUCAUGCUUCAUGGUUUCUCAAUGAAAGGCCCUGUUGCACUUGACAUUAAAUAAGAGGAAUAUCCCACUAAACAUCCUGCGAAACCCGAUCAUUGUGGAACCACGCAUUUAAUCAAGAUUUUAUACUUUGUAAAGCUGUUGAGAUGAAAUAUUACUUGUGCUGGCCUUUUGCAUUUAUUGUUUUUAUCUUUGAUGCUAGAUUUUUAAUACAUGUAUCCUAAGGAAAUAUUAGGCACUUUCUAUAUUCACCUUAUACAUUUAAGGGUCACUGGAGAGCUGAACUCUAUCCCAGCGGCACGGGCAAGAGGUGGGUACUCCUAAUCUGAACAGGCCACCAGGAUAUCACAGGGCCACAUAUAGACAGAUAAACACAUUCACAUUAUGAUCACUUUGAAGUUUCCAGUUGUCCCAAACCUGCAUGUCUUAAAAGUGGGAGAAAGCCGGAGCCCCGGGAGGCAACCAACACAAAUGUCAUACAAAAGGACCUGGUAGGAAAGUGAACCCAGACCUUGUCUAUCAGGUAACAAUGUCACACACUGAUCCACCAUGUGCCUAAGAAAAUAUAUUUGAAGUUGAAUUUAAAUUCAAUAUAAUGUUUGUAUUUUAAAGCAAAAAUGGAAAAAGGCAUGUUUUAGCCAAAUUAUUUUCUUGUUUCUUGCAUUUAUUUUCAAUAAAGUUCUUUCAUUGCUUGCCUUUGGAGAUAGAAAACACUGAGUAAAACUUUUUUGUCAUAGUACAGGUAGAAAGUGAGGAAUUACUUCAGUGAAAUAUAUUCACUAAGGAAAGUCUAAUUAAAGACUUGUUCCAAUUGUCCAAAGCCACAAUCCCAACUCUUUCCUGAGCAAUGAUUAUGGAUUGGAAAUCCAACUUGUACUACAGCCUCAUCUUGCAUAUUUUCACCAUAUUUGUGUGGGGUUGGUUUGUGGGGCAAUGUGCUCCAGAGUUAAGAGUUUUUGAGGAUUCAUGUCUUAUUUUGUUAUAACUCAUCAAUCAGUGUAAUUUGGGGGAAAAGAUUUUUUUGUUACUAUAUGAAAUGUGAAGAUACAUGUAGCACUGUUUCCAUGCAAUGUACUAAAUCUGUCUUUAUAUUCUGAGGAAUAAAUUAUUUAACAUUGCCAUUUAAAAAGUUCUCACCCGCAAAAAAGGUGCUUUGCCCUCUCAGGUCGGUGGAGCGUCUUGCCUCAAGUGGAGGAGUUUAAGUAUCUCGGGGUCUUGUUCACGAGUGAGGGACGGAUGGAGCGUGAGAUCGAUA